GUCUAUGGCAAGGUGUAUGGUAAGAUCUAUGGCAAGGUCUAUGGUAAGGUCUAUGGCAAGGUCUAUGGCAAGGUCUAUGGCAAGGUCGAUGGCAAGAUCUAUGGCAAGGUCUAUGGCAAGAUCUAUGGCAAGAUCUAUGGCAAGAUCUAUGGCAAGAUCUAUGGCAAGGUCUAUGGCAAGAUCUAUGGCAAGGUCUAUGGCAAGGUAUAUGGCAAGAUCUAUUGCAAGAUCUAUGGCAAGAUCUAUGGCAAGGUAUAUGGCAAGGUCUAUGGCAAGAUCUAUGGCAAGAUCUAUGGCAAGGUCUAUGGCAAGAUCUAUGGCAAGGUAUAUGGCAAGAUCUAUGGCAAGAUCUAUGGCAAGGUCUAUGGCAAGGUCUAUGGCAAGAUCUAUGGCAAGAUCUAUGGCAAGGUCUAUGGCAAGAUCUAUGGCAAGGUCUAUGACAAGGUCUAUGGCAAGAUCUAUGGCAAGAUCUAUGGCAAGGUCUAUGGUAAGGUGUAUGACAAGGUCUAUGGCAAGGUCUAUGGCAAGAUCUAUGGCAAGGUCUAUGGCAG